UGCUCGCCGAACGAGCGUUGUGUGCGCCGGCCGUGGGGCUGUUAAGUGUCAGCGGCGGCCGCGGCCCGGCGCAAAACCGAGUUCGGAAAACCACGCGCCCGCUGGCCACGAUCGCUGGCAGAGGGCGGCGUGCCAGUGGAGCAACAUGCAGAUAGGCGCCCAGCGCCCUGACGACCCCUCCCAAGAAAAAGAGGCCGGGACGGCGCUGGGGCGGCGGAGAGCAUGAGGGAGGCCGGGGGGCGGCUCGGCGAGGAGCGCUGCUAGGGAGCGGUGCGCGCUGCACACUCGCCGAGGCGCAGCGGAGGGCCGGGAGCCGGGCAGGUCGCGCCAGCGGGCGGGAGCCGGCCGCCGGGAGCUGUUCUGAUUUCCGACGCGAACGCGAGGGGCCCGGAGCAGCCCCCGGCCCCGGCGUGCAGCCAACAUGGGCAACGCGGGGAGCAUGGAUUCGCAGCAGACCGAUUUCAGGGCGCACAACGUGCCUUUGAAGCUGCCGAUGCCCGAGCCAGGUGAACUGGAGGAGCGAUUUGCCAUCGUGCUGGGACCUAACGCGAAAUAUCAAAAGCAGGAAUUCUGUCAUGGAAAAGAUUCGAAAGAGGGAAGAUGGCUAAUUCUUGGGAACAUGCAGAGGGAACGCUGUGCUUUCAGUGCAUUCUGAUAACAAGCUCUUCUUGAUGGUUGGAAUGCAAAGAAUACCCCAAAAUCUGAAUUCCCACUGAACCAAACAUUUUUGGAAUCAUGGCCUUUCAUGAAUAUGCCAUGAUUUUUAUUUCUGCUGCUGUUAAGAUUGGAAUGGAGUCUUUGUUAUUUUACAUUUAUUUUCUAGACCCCCUAGGAGGGCUUAGGUCCAAAUAAAUAGAUUUAUUUUUAUGAAAUUGAUUUUGCCUUUUCCCAUUUUGGGGGGAUCUUAUUGCAUUAAGUGAAACUCUUGUGAGCUAAUUAAGCAACAUUUUUUUAUUUCUUUCAAUUUUCUACUUUUCAUUAAUUUUUCUAUCAAUUUUAUGGCAGAAAAGAGAAGACGUCAGUUUUUAUUAAAAGAGCCUUAAAUAACUAGCUAUUUUAGAGUUCUUACAAUAGGUUUCUACCUAUUACAAAUAAUUAAAAGAAUUUAACCUGGGCCAGAAGAGGAAGUACUAAACGUAACGCAUGUUUCUGUGAGCUAGAAGCUGUCAGAGAGGCGAUACACUUGAAUUGGAAAUCACCAAAAUUUCCUUCUGGUUUCCUAGUCACCAAACAAAACAUAGGCGUUUAAACAAUACUGCUAUCUUUUGUGAAAGGGGAACAACUAUUAUAAGAUGAAGUGUGUGAGACACUUUAAUAACCAGCCUCUGAUUCAAUUUAAGCCAGUUCUCUAUGUGCCUGUUAAAAUAAAAAUAUUCCAUAA